ACGCGCGCGCUAAUGCGAUCGAUCGCUGUUCUAGGUACCUGAUCGAUCGAUUUUGCGUUUCUGGGAGUAGAUUAGGCGAUGGGGAGUCAUCCGGUAGAGGUAGUAGGGCGCAUUCGCGGCCAUCCCGACGGCAAGGGCGAGCAAUCGUCGGCGCUGAGUGUUCUAGCGGGCGGCAAGUCAGUCCGGCUGCGAUGCGACCAGGGAUACAGGGAUUUCGUGCUGGAUGGAGUGUCCGUGGCCGAGGAGGAGAAUUUGAGAGCGUUCUACGCGAAAUAUGUGGAAGCCAGGGUCGAUGACGUGAGGGCCGGCGGGCGAUGCACGGUGAUGAUGUAUGGGCCGACUGGCGCGGGCAAGAGCCACACGAUGUUUGGAUCUUCCAAGGAGGCUGGAGUGGCAUACCUUGCUCUCCAUCAGAUCAUGAAGAGCAAGCUUCCAGUGCCGCACGGCAAUCGCACGAAUGUCACGGCCAAUGUUCUGGAGAUCUACAACGAGGAGGUGUAUGAUCUUCUCGCCAGUAACUGCGUGGCUAGUCCGGGGCCAAAGUCAUUAAAGCCCAUUCCAGGCCGGGCAAGGCUCGAGGUGCGAGGAGGAAAAGCGAAAAAUGCGACAUUCAUUUCUGGUGAAGAUCCCUCCAAGCUUGUGAACGAAAUUGCCAACGUCGAGAAGCGUCGAGUUGUGAAAAGCACCAACUGUAACAGUCGAAGUUCUCGGAGCCACUGCAUGGUUGUCCUGAAUGUUUCUGGAGCGGGUGGGAAGCUGAUCUUGGUGGAUAUGGCCGGCUCUGAGAAUUCUGAUCAAGCGGGAUCCAUUGGGUCGGAAGCUAAAAUACAGACUGGAAAGAUAAAUCAAGGAAACGGUGCACUAAGACGGGUGGUAGAGUGCAUUGCCAACGGAGAUCCUUACAUUCCUUACCGGGACAGUAAACUCACAAUGCUUCUUCAGGAUUCGUUCGAAGAGGAUGGGGCAAAGAUUUUGAUGAUUUUGUGCGCCAGUCCAGACAGCAGAGAUGCCUACAAGACAAUCUGCACAUUGGAGUAUGGAGCUAAAGCAAAGUGCAUCGUUCGACUUCCUUCUUCUCCACCUAAGGACAGAGCGACAUUUGCCGACGGCAUGGAAGCUGUGUUACUGGCUCGCCUUCGUCAUAAGGACGAGUGCAUUGAGAGGUUGCGCCAGGAGUAUGAUCAGAAGGAAAGGGAACGUUUAGAAAUUGCUCAGAAACUCAUCCAGCGGGAGGAAGAUUUGAAGGUACUGACGCUAAGGACCGAGAAGAUGGAGGAAGAAAAGGUGAAGAGAUUUGCGGAACUGCAAGGUGAAAUGGAACGUAUGAUGAAGGAGAAGGCAGACGAACUGAGAAGAGAAAUGGAACUUGAACUGCAACUUCAAGUUCACAAGAUUUGUCCUGAAAAUGGUCAGUAUCGACUUGCUGAGCUGGAGAAGGUAAUCCAAGAUCAAAGGCAGGAGAUCGCAGUGCUGCAUUUGAGAGCUGAGCGAGCAGAGUCUCAGGUUCAAGAGUUCCUUCAAGCAUCGAGUCAGGCAUGGGCUGAGUCCAACGACAUAGUGGAUAUGGAUUUAUCCAACAGCAUUUGCAUGUCAAGAGAUUUCACGAACGGCAGCACUGCGGAUGAUCGAGCAGGAGAUAGUUCUGUCGUAUUGGAAACACCUGCAUCAACAGACAAUGAGCGUGGCCAGGAAGAUCAAUCGGACAAGUAUGACACACCGAAAGAUGGAGUCAACCGGAACUUGUUUGCUCUGGAUAAAGUCCACAGCGAGGUGGAGGUUCCGUGGAGCGAAAUCGGGCUUUUCAAAACAGGUUGGCUACCAAUCAUACCUGAAGAGGCGGAUGAAGAGGCUUUGAAACCUGUCGAGACUUCGAGUGGAGAUACAGGAGAAGACACGCCGCAACCGUUAUGUCCAAGUAACCUUGAGAAGAAGUUCGAAUUGCAGUUUGAGGAUAAAGGUAAAAUUUCAAGCGCAGAAGUAAGUGUUGGGAGGAUCGAAGCAGUUGCCGUCUCUCCGGUCGGUACCAAGUCAACAAUCGAUCAUUGCACUUCGCAUGAGAGGGUUGCCAGCAGAAAGGCUCGAAUCGAGAACAUUUUCCUACUUUGUGGCAAUCACAGAGAGCUUGCCAAGAGUCCACGACGAGGUGACGCACCAUCUUGGGAUACUACUUCGGACAUCCAGGAUGGACAUCUUUCUCCAUUCCGUCCUCGCGACAGAGAUUCAUUGAAAGCAGUACUUGAUUUUCCUAGCACUCCGGAGGCACUACAUGCCGCCACAACGAUUUCGAACGACAAUAGUGAUACAGAGGUCUACGUCAAAUGGGAGUCGACAAAGAUGGCCGCUGGAAAACCGAUUUGCAGUGUCCGCGUUAGCAGCAGCACCAGCCUGGCAGAUCUGCGGACUAAGAUCGGCCUCCACGUUAUCUCUCCAUCGGACUUUUCGUUUUCUCUCGGCGACUUCGGUGGUGCUCCAAUCGACAGAGCGGCAGAAAAUGCACUUCUCGUGAGAUCGCUACCACUUCAUGAAAAUAAUCCAAACUGGAGGCUGGCGUGCUUGAGAACCUCAGCAACGUCACCAGCGAGAUCAAGCCCGAGCAGCCGGUCAACCCCGUUCAAGCCAGUGGAGAACCGCGCGACGUCAACCAGUCCUCCGAGCGCGUCCAGCAACAAGCUUGUGGAAGUCCGCGGAGGGGAAGAGAACAUCGCGCCUGUAGCAGAAAUAGACGUGCUUUCAAGAGGUGCAGUUUUCUUUUGCAAACACUAGACAGAUUUCUUGCUAAGUGCCUGCUCUUUAUGUUCCAGUUUGUGCGAGGUAGCUGUACAGUGGUGUGUGACAAAAACAAGCUUAAAAGCGUCAUUUCCAGGUAGCUCUACUCGAUAUUACGAGUCCACAGAUCUCCGUUUGCGCGCGUUUUUUGAUCACUUAAUAAGGCCAAAUAGAAAAUACUGAUUGUGGUCU